UGCAAGAAGCUUUCAUGGAGAUGGGAUUGCCCUAUCAGUACAGAAGAACCUAGCUGUUUAUCCAUCGUUUUCUUCGUCAUGGGAUUGGAUGAACUUGGCAUCUUAAUAAAGUUAUCAUAAAGUGAGGCCUCUUUUCUGGUGGUUGUGUACGGAUUCUCUUUUUUACAGGUAUGGAUUUUGACGACGGACCUGAGAAGCAAGAAGAUGAAGUUAGUACUAUAAAAAUCUCAAAUGGGUUUUCUAUUUCUCGAGCUACCUUGGCUUCUAUGGAGUCCUUGUCUCUGCCAAUAGUUCAGGAGGUUGUUGUUUUUGCUGAUAUGCAAUGUAAGAACUGCCAGAAGAGAGUUUCUGACAUUAUCACCAAAAUGAACGAGACAGAAUCAUUGGAAGUGAACGUGUUGGAAAAGAAGGUGACUCUUACUUUCAGAUUGCCCACUGUUGCUGAAGUGAUGCGCCACCGCCAAUUAGCUCCGAUCACUCGCUCCCCUUUCCCUAAAGCUGCCCUUAUCAAACGCUUAUUUCGCUCUCUUCACGUCCUUCACUAGUUCUUAUCUGGAUCUGAAUUGUUCAUCUCGGAUCUGGAUCCGACUCUUGUUAUUAUCUCAAGAUUACGGGUCAUUUUUACUUGAAAAGUAUUUACGAAGAAGUUGUGGGUAUUUGAAAA